AUGGCCAGGAUGCUCAAGUCGUUGAUGGUGGUAGCGGCCGCGUCUGUGACGCCCGUCUGGUCGCUCUGCUCGCACAAUACCUUCCUCCACCCGCGAGAGGAGGGCAAGGUCGUCGAAGUCAAGAAGUUCGGAUACACUGGCGUCACCGGUCCGCUGUUCUGGUCGUCGCUUGCGCCCGAAAACACCGUCUGCUCCACGGGCACACGGCAGUCCCCCAUCGACAUGAGGGAAGGAUCCUUCAACAUGUUGUCCUCGUCCGAUAUCCAGGUCGAAAUCCCCGAUUUCACCAAAGGCACCGAGUUCGAGAACCUCGGAACCACCAUCGAGGUCAUUGCGAAGGGUGGCUCGAUGACCCUCGGCGAGAAGCAGUAUACUCUGCAGCAGUUUCAUUUCCAUUUGCCUAGUGAGCACUUGGAUAAUGGUACUAUCCGAGCCAUGGAAAUGCACAUGGUCUGGCAGACCGAGAACCAGGAGAUUGCCGUCAUCGGCACUUACAUUGACGUCGCCACGGAGGCUGGUCCGGCACUUGCCAUUCCUCCCGUUGCCGCUCCUGCUCCCGCUCCCAGUGGCGCUCCUAUUCCUCCCACCAACGAGACCGUUGCACCUGCAUCUGCGCCGGCCAGGUUCCGCAUCAGGAGAGCCAAAAGCCAAAGAAGGCAAGAAGCCUUCGUGCCUCCUGCCACCAACGAGACGGCACCUGCAGUGCCCCCAGUGCAAGACGCUCCAGAUGCCCCUGUCUCGGGUGCGCCCACGGUCCUCCUCGAGACCAUUUUCAGCACCAUCGACGCCAUCCGCACGCCCGGCACCGUGACCCAGACCCCUCCUUUGGUGCUAUCCGAGGUGGUCAACAUCUGGAAGUCGGGUCACUUCCAGGGAUACUCCGGGUCCCUCACCACCCCUCCCUGCAGCGAGGGCGUCAGCUGGCUCGUGUCGACGCAGACGCUAAGGAUCUCGCCUUUGACGUUUGAGAAGGUCCGUAGUGUCAUCGGCUUCAACUCACGGAUCACGCAGAAUGCGCCCGGGCAGGAUAAUAUCCUGGCUAUGGCAGCUAUUCGGCAGUUGAACGUGUUUGCUUCUUCUGGGGCUGCGUCUCAGCCGGCGCAGUAA